AUGCGUUCUUUUCCCCUUUUCUUAACCGCUGCUGCGGCUGGUCUCGCAGGUGCUUCCACCUGGGAGUCCGAUGUCACCGUCACGGCCACCACUACACGAACUCAUACGAUCUGCCCGGUAACGCAGGUAACCACAUGCGACGCUUCAGGUCCCACUGAUGUCGGCGCGGGUAAUGGCUGGCACCCGGGCCAGGGAGACAACGGUGCUGAGGACGCAUGGGCCUCGCUGUGGGAUGCGCAGAAGUCCAAGUAUGGUAUCGGAAACGGCUGGAAUACAGUUACAGCUACCGGUGCCCAUCCUGACAACGGAAACGGUGGUCACGGCGGCCACGGUUCUACCCCAUCCACAACGGAGGGAUCAGGUUCUUCACCGACUAGUGGAAGCGGUGGUUCCGGCUCAGGGCCAAGCAGUUCCGGCGCCGGAGGCUCAGGAUCUGGUCCCAGCAGCAGCUACAGCUACAGCUAUACCACGCCAACAAACUCACCUACCACCAGCGGGGGAUAUGUCCCGACCUCGUCUUCUAGCCCUACCACAUCGGCUUCCCAGACCACAAGCUCGGGCGCCUGCCCAACUUACACGCCUCCUCAGAACGCUACGGAUGAUUUCUGCAACUCCGCCUCUGAUCGAUCAGUCUGGUGCGACAACAAGGAUGUCAACAGCGAUUACUACAGUGAUUACUCAACUGGUGUCACUCGCAAAUACACCUUGACAAUCACCAACACCACCCUGGUGUACGAUGGCACAGGCCCCCAUCUCGCUCUUGCUAUCAACGGGCAAGUACCUGGCCCCGUGAUUGAGGCUAAUUGGGGCGAUAUGGUCGAGAUCACCGUGAUCAACCAGUUGCAAGACAACAGCACAACAAUACAUUGGCAUGGUGUUCGCCAACUCAACACCAACGAUCAAGAUGGUGUUCCUGGUAUUACCGAAUGUGGUAUUGCCGGAAAUGGUGGCAGUCGCACAUACACAUGGCACGCAAGCCAGUAUGGCACUUCUUGGUACCACAGCCACACUUUUACCCAAUAUGGUGAUGGUAUCCGUGGUCCCAUCGUUAUCCACGGUCCUGCAACUGCCGACUAUGACUAUGACAUGGGCACAGUUAUGAUUGAUGACACCUUCCCUAUCAGUGCGGCUGCCAUGGCAUCUCGUAUUGCGCACUUCGGACCUGGUGGUUCCUUCAACACCCUCUUCAAUGGCAUGAACAUUAACCCUGAUGGGACUGGUCCUGGUGGUACUGCUUUCUCGUGGGGUGUCAAGCCUUGCAGGAAGCAUUUGUUCCGCAUCAUCAACAGCUCCGCGCAAAACAGCUACAUCGUUGGUUUCGACAAUCACACGAUGACUGUCAUUGCCGCUGAUUUCGUACCCAUCGUGCCCUACACGACCACUACCCUCAACAUUGCGACUGGCCAACGUUACGAUGUCAUCGUCCAAAUGGACCAAGCACCCAGCAGUUACUAUGUUCGCGCGGUCAUUCAAACGGGAUGCCCUUCAGGUGGUGCCAACUCUGGUUUGGGAACUGCUAACGCAAUCAUCAACUACGAGAAUGCUACUCCUGUCACUCCGGUCAUUUCAACUUCCAUCACCAAUGUCACGGCCAACAUUUGCCAGGAUGAGCCUCUUGCUUCCUUGGUGCCUUACCUGGAGAAACCCGCCGGCACUCUUACCGCAUUCCAGGGCUCUGCCUCCACCAUUCCUGCAGGCUCCGUCACCUCAGUCGCUACUAAUGACGACGGAACUGUCUUCCAAUGGUACAUCAAUAACGCCGUUAUCAAUGUCAACUACAGCCAACCCACUCUCCAGACUCUGGCUCAGGGUUCAUCUUCCAACAGCAGCCUGAUUAGCAAUCCUGUUGUUCUCAGCCAAGCCAACCAGUGGGUCUACUUCGUCAUCCAGAACCAAUUCUUCGCAUCUCAUCCCAUGCACGUUCACGGUCACGAUGUCUCCAUUCUCGGCACUGGCACUGGCACUUUCACCUCCGACUUGGUUAGCUCUCUCAACUUCGACAACCCCAUGCGCCGUGACACAGUCAUGCUGCAAGGAUCUCCGGGUCCUGGGUUCCCUGCAGGUUACACCGUCAUUGGUUUCGAGACCGACAACCCCGGUGCCUGGCUCAUGCAUUGUCAUAUCUCCUGGCACGUUGAUGGCGGUCUGGCUCUUCAGUUCGUUGAACGUCCUGAUGACAUCCCGGCCACCUCAUAUGUUGACUCGUCAUUUGAAGAGGAGUGUUCCGCCCUGGCUGCCUAUGUAGACAGCAAUCCUCAGGGUGCUAAGUUGAGUGGUCAAUCCGGUCUGAAGGCCCGUGGAUACUCGGAUGAGUAUGAUAUCGAGCUCUGGAGCCCCGAUGCGAAGAUCGACAUCAACAAGUACCGCAAGCGAUAUUCCCACCGUCGUCUUCAUUAA